AUGGGAAAGUGCACCAAAACACCUGCAGAGGUUUCCUUCUCCCUGGCCCAAGCCCAAGACGCCCAAGAUGAACCGCAGAGUCUUUCCUUUGAUGCGCUUGUCAUUGCAUCUGGCCAGGUGGGUCAGCCCGAACCCGUCUCGUUGCCCGGGCUUGCGGAAGCCUUGGAAAGCGGCAAGGCCUUGCGGUUCUGUUCCCUUGCAGAUGCCGAAGCCCUGCGCCAACGCCUUCAAGACUCUGUGGAAUCUGUCGCCAUCGUAGGAGCAGGCUACGUCGGUGUUGAGCUUGCUGCUGGUCUAGCAGAGGUCCUGCCCGAGGCUGCUUCAGCUGGGCACAUAGCCCUCUUCGGCUCCCGGUUUCUUCCAGGCUGCGAAGAAGCAAACCAGAAGAAGAGUGCAGAAGUCUUGGACAAGCUGGGCAUCCUGCGAAAGACCGGCCGCGUGGUGUCUCUCGAUGCGGAGGGAGUGGCAUGGUCUCCGUCAGGCGCAGAGAGGUCCGAGCUGCAUUCCUGCAGCCUGGUCAUCGUCACCGGGGCUUUGGCCUCAGCCGCGGAAGAGAGGCUGAAACUCGCCUCUCCCGCGGACGAGGAAUCCAUCGACAAGGGUCGUGCAGCGGUUGAUUCGUACCUGCGGAUUGCUCCCGGUCUCUUCUGUCUCGGGGAUGCAUCAGGAGGCUCACCACCCACUGGCCAGAUUGCCAUGCAGCAGGCCGAAACAACAGCGUGGAACAUAUUCGCCCAGCUCUCGCAUCUGCCACGCCCCACGUGGCGACGCUUUAAGCCCAAUGCCAUGGGCGAGUUCAUUGCUCUCGGGAGCACGGAGGCCGCAGGCGUCGUUCAGCCGACGCAGCUGGGCAAUUUGCUUCCCCCGGCACUGCCUCCAGCUAUUGCACGUGCUGUGGCGCCGACAGUAUCCUCCGUUGGGCAAGCUUCCACGGCAAAGGCAGCUGUCGCUGGCAGGCCUGCCAGUCUCCUGCGUCGACUCGCUUACUUGUAUCGCCUUCCCGGUAUGCAUCGAUUGAAAGUGGCUCAGCAGUGGCUUGAGCGCGUGACGGGCAAUGACUCCACCCUCUCCGGAAACGUACUACCGCUUUGA